AUGUCUUCUGACGAGGUGCAAAUACUCGAUGUUUCCGAGCUGUCGCCGCGCCACGACGACCGCCCCGUGCGCGACUCGUCCGAAACUUCCCCCGUGUCCUCUCUGGUUUCGCCCCAGGUGCCUGCGAUGCACCGUUUUGUUGCGCCGUACAGAAGAAAGGAUGGGAUAAGAGACGAGACGAAGCGGCAAAAACUAGAGCCGGCGUUCAAAUCAGAGGUGAUCGAUUUGACGUCUGACGCAGAAGAGGAGGAGCCCCCGCCAGCCAAUGAGAAACGGGAUUACACAGAUAACGACGACGGCCACAACGACGACAUGGACCACGAGGACGACGUGGUUUUUGUCAAGUCGACCAAUAUCAGUCCGCCCACGACGAAGCCUUCCAGUCAGCCGCAUGCUCUUAGGGAGCCGUUGCCUACCACUGCCGAGGGUUUGAGAAACGUGCUUGUCCAGGCACGGGAGUACUUGCACAGGCUAAACGAAAAUGUGAAAAGACUGAUGGAGCGGCGCACGGCGGUGAUCAAAUACCUAACGACCGACGCAUGCCGCAAUGACCCGAAAAAGACCGACCAUUUCCAGCGGAUGGAGACGGCGAUCAGCGCAAAGAUAGAACGCCAUUUCAUGAAAAUUAGAAUCACGAGCGAAAAGAUUCAGUUACUGUGCCAAUACGAGCACCAUUUUAAUCCGCGGCCGGCCGUCCAAGGCGACUCGCUGCCCAGAUACUACGGGGAGCCGGAGAAUUCAGGCUCUUCAGCCAGAACUUACGAUACCUACGCUUUCAAUCCGUAUAUGCAGCGAUUUAACAAUUAUUCGGACGCAGACGAUAUCCAGCAUCUUCUCGACACCAUCAAGCCCGACGAGGCAUACGAGGACGGAGACGUUCGCGACCCUGAAGAUCUGAGCGUGGCGCUGCUCAAACACCAGAAAAUCGGGCUCAAGUGGAUGCUCAGCAUGGAGGAGUCCGCUAAUAAGGGCGGAAUUCUUGCAGACGACAUGGGAUUGGGCAAAACGGUGCAGGCAAUUGCGUUGAUGGCCGCCAACAAGGCCGGUCUCGAUGAGUGCAAGACGAAUCUGGUGGUGGCACCAGUUUCGCUGCUCCAGCAGUGGGGGCAGGAGCUCGACUUCAAGCUAAAAAAACAGUCGCAGACAAGCUAUUUUAUAUUCCACCAGGGCAACAAGCUAAACACGUUCAAGGAGAUGACGCGGUACGAUGUGGUUCUGGUGUCUUACAACACGCUCACGUCCGAGAUGAAGAAACACUACCGUUUGGCUCUCGAGGAGCUGAAAACCAAGAAGGCCACGCUACCGGAACGCGACGACGGUGGCUCGCACUACCGGUCGCCAUUCUACACUUCGGACGCCGUUUUCCACCGCAUCAUACUCGACGAGGCCCAGGCCAUAAAGAACAAGCUCACGCAGACGUCCAAGGCGGUCGCGUUGCUCGACUCCAAAUACAGAUGGUGUCUCUCUGGUACGCCAAUCCAAAACAACAUUGACGAGCUGUAUCCGAUUUUGCGGUUUUUGAAGAUCAAGCCGUAUUGCGAGGAGGCGCGGUUCAAAGAGCGCAUCUCGAAUGCGUUGCGAAGCAAGUACGGCGGCGAGACGCGCGGUGUGCAGACCGUGCAGGCCCUGUUGACGGCGAUUCUGCUUCGUCGGACGAAGAAGACUCUCAUUGACGGCAAGCCGAUCUUGCAGCUACCUGAGAAACACGUGGUGGUCAACCACGUGGAGAUGAAGGAGGACGAGCGCAAGUUCUACUACAACCUCGAGGCGCAGUCUGCCGACACUGCGAAGAGAAUCCUGGCCGGGUCUGGCGACGGCCACAAGCACAAGGGCGGAUACAGUGCUAUCCUCACGCUGUUGCUGCGACUCAGACAGGCGUGCGACCACAAGUUUCUGGUGAAGAUUGGCGAGAACAAAGAGAGAGAGUUCAAAGUGAGCACGAUCAAGAACGGGUUCGAGACGGCCAAGAGAUUUGACCGGACUUUGUGCGACCAGAUCAACGAACAGUGGAAGAGUGGGUUUUCGUGCCAGAUGUGUUUUGAUGUGAUCGAGGCGGACGCCAAUGUUAUUCUGCUUGGAAGCUGUGGCCACGCGGUGUGCAGAGACUGUCAGGAACAAUUUUUCGAAGACAACACAGAGACGGUCUGGAACGGAGUGCGGUCUGCGCGAUGCAAAACGUGCAACAAGUCCAGCAGCGAGAGUCUAUGUGUGGAGCUUCUGGUGUUUGAUUCGGUGUGCAACAAACGGCUGGAAUGGAGAGAUGUGCAAAAACAGUUCAAUAUCCAGACUCAGUCUUUGAACAGCGCCCAGCGGAUAGAGAAGAUAAAAGGCAUGAUAGCCAGCGAGGGCGGCCAGCUGGAGGUGUCGGCCAAGAUCGAGCGGUGCUUGACGCUGAUCAAAGAUAUCUUGGAGACGAAGCCGGGAGAAAAGGUGAUUGUGUUUUCGCAGUUUAUGGUGCUCUUUGACAUUCUGGAGCUGUUUCUGCGGGACCACGGGAUCGAGUAUCUACGAUACGACGGGUCAAUGAACGUGGAGGCCAAGAGCGCGAGCGUCGCCACCUUCUACCAGGACCCAAACAAAAAAGUGAUGCUGCUGUCGCUCAAGGCCGGAAAUGUCGGUCUGACACUGACGUGUGCGUCGCAUGUGAUCAUCCUAGAGCCUUUCUGGAACCCGUUUGUGGAGAAACAGGCCCAGGACCGUGUUCACCGCAUCUCGCAGGUGCGCGAGGUGUACGUGCACCGGAUCUUGAUCAGGAACACGGUGGAGGACCGGAUUAUCGAGCUACAGGCGGAAAAGGAGAAGUUGGUGGAGAGCGCGCUGGAUCCAACGGCCCGGCAGCAGGUGAACCGGUUGAGUCGCGUGGAGCUGGGCUUCCUUUUUGGACUCAACGGACUGAGCGGUCUGGAAAAUGUUUAA